GGACGGAGAGGUGGCUCCGAUCCAGACGGACUUUCGGGGAAAUCCGACUCUCCGGGAUUUGUCGCGUAGCGAGAGGGCGGGGCCAGGCCGGGCUUAGCUCGGGGAAGUUGCUGAAGUUGGAGCGAGCGAGGGCUGAACCUGGCAAGCGCUUUGCUCGGGCGGCCGGGGCCUCGCCGUGGGUGUCUUCGGGUGGGCUUCUCCUUUCGGCUCGGGCGGUGCAUGAUGGAAGCAGCAUGGCCACUCAUUUCUCCCUGACCCAGCUGUCAAGUGCAAAUUCGGUAUAUGAAAAAUAUUAUCGUCAGGUUGAUCCUAGUAAUUCUGGAAGAGUGUUGGCUUCUGAUGCAGCUGUCUUUUUGAAACAAUCAGGACUAACAGAUUUGAUACUUGGGAAGGUUUGGGAUCUUGCUGAUACAGAUGGCAAAGGUAUCUUAAACAAACAGGAAUUUUUUGUGGCUUUACGACUUGUAGCCUGUGCACAAAAUGGAUUGGAUGUUUCGCUGAGUAGUCUUAACCUGCCUGUCCCUCCACCUAGAUUUAAUGAUUCCACAAGUCCAUUAUUAUGUGGCGGAGCUCCACCUGAUAUCCCUUGGGCUGUUAAGAUAGAAGAUAAGGCCAAGUAUGAUGCCAUCUUUGACAGCCUGAAUCCAAUGAAUGGAUUAUUGUCCGGUGAUAAAGUGAAACCUGUUCUCUUAAACUCCAAGCUACCAGUUGAUGUCUUGGGAAGGGUUUGGGAGUUAAGCGAUAUUGAUCACGAUGGAAUGUUGGAUCGGGAUGAAUUUGCUGUUGCCAUGUUCUUGGUAUACUGUGCUCUUGAGAAGGAACCUGUGCCAAUGUCCUUACCUUCAGCGUUAGUGCCACCAUCUAAAAGAAAAAGUAUCAGCAUUCCAGUUGUCGGGCAGUCAGUGCCACCUUCAACACCCAACAAAGAGUGUAAUCAGUCCAUGUUACCUGUCAGCCUAUUACCAUCCACAUCAUCAGUAACACAGUGGGUUGUAUCACCUGCAGACAGGAUAACAUAUCAUGAAAUCUUCCUGAAAACAGACAAGGACAUGGAUGGCUUUGUCUCUGGUGUGGAAGCUAGAGAAUUAUUCUUGAAAACUGGUUUGCCUUCAGCUCUACUUGCACACAUCUGGGCUCUUUGUGACACAAAGGAUUGUGGGAAGCUUUCCAAGGAACAAUUUGCUUUGGCCUUCCAUUUAAUCAAUCAGAAGCUGACAAAGGGCAUCGAUCCUCCUCAGGUGCUAACGGCAGACAUGAUUCCUCCAUCAGAGAGAACUGCUUCACAAAAUAAUUUACUACAGCCAAAUUCUGCAGCAGAUUUUUCUGCAAUCAAAGAGUUAGAUUCCUUAAGCAAUGAAAUAAUUGACCUUCAAAGGGAAAAGAACAAUGUGGAGCAAGACCUGAAGGAAAAAGGAGAGACAAUCAAGCAGAGGACAAGUGAAGUCCAGGAUCUUCAAGAUGAAGUAAGGAGGGAGAGUAAUAACUUGCAGAACCUUUUGACUCAGAAGCAGGAGGCAGAAGAAAUCCUGAAUGGUCUAGAUGAGGAGAAAGCCAAGUUAGAAGAGCAGCUUAGUAUGAUACGGCAGAAAUGUAUAGAAGAAGUUGAUUUAAUUACAUCUCUAAAAAAAGAAAUAGCAGAGCAAGAAUCAAAAAUCUCUGGAUAUAAGGAUGAUUUGAGUAAAGCCCAAGAAGAACUCAGCAGGCUACAGCAAGAAGCUUCAGAGUUAGAGAAAAAUGUGGAGGAAGGAAAAUUGCAGUUAGCACCUCUCCAGCAGGAUCUUCAAGACUCCCAACAAGAUAUAACUUCAGUGCAAGAAAAAUUGCUGGAGCUCAAACAGUUGGAAAACAGCCAGUUUAACUGGGAAGUCCAACCACAUAGCAUAUUGAUUAAUGGGAAUGCAGAUCACUCUAGCCUCAGCAACAGCAGCAGUGAAACUGUUAACCUAAAUGAGAAUGCUGAAAGAGAGAAUCCAGCAGAUUCUGAACAAGUAAAUUAUGAAACUCCUGCUAGAAACAGUCCUGAAACAACACAUGUAGAUACAGAAGAGGAAAAAGAGGAACUGCCAUCGGAUGUUACCAAAAAAGAGGUUCUAGUAAAUGAACACUCUCAUCAACCCUCUGAUCAGACAACAGAAGCCAACUUGGACUUUUUUGAGUCUGAUCCCUUCGUUGGUAAUGAUCCUUUCAAGGAUGAUCCAUUUGGCAAGAUCGAUCCUUUUGGUAGUGAUCCAUUUAAAGGUUCAGAUCCUUUUGCUGCUGACAACUUUUUCAAGCAGUCAUCCGCAGAUCCCUUUGGGAAUAUUGAUCCCUUCAGUGCAACAAACAACAAUUCCACAACAGAAACACUGAAACAUAAUGAUCCUUUUGCUCCUGGUGGAACUGCUGUGACUGCAUCAAGUGAUCCAGCUACAGAUCCCUUUGCAUCUUUGUUUGGAAAUGAAUCAUUUGGCUGUGAUUUUGCUGAUUUCAGCACUUUGUCAAAGACGAACAAUGAGGAUCCUUUUAAUUCAUCUGCAACAAGUUCCGUUAACAAUAUAGUUAUAACAAAAAAUUUGUUCGAGGAAGCUCCAGUCAAAAAUGAAGAUACUCCUCCUGCUUUGCCUCCUAAAACUGGAACACCUACCAGACCUUGUCCUCCCCCACCUGGAAAAAGACCUAUCCACAAAUUGGAAUCUUCAGAAUCUUUUAAAUUGAAUGAUCCUUUUCAGCCUUUCCCAAGUUCUGAUAGUUGCAAAGGACAGGAAGCUGAUCCAUUUGCUCCCAGUGGAGUAGGCAAAGAGAUGGAUUCCAGCAAUUUUGCUAAUUUCAAUGCUUAUCCUACUGAAGAAGAUAUGAUUGAAUGGGCAAAAAGAGAAAGUGAGAGAGAGGAGAAAGAGCGACUAGCAAGAUUGAAGCAACAAGAGCAAGAAGAUUUAGAACUAGCAAUUGCACUCAGUAAAUCUGAAAUAUCAGAAGCAUGAAGGGUUGCCUCAAAUAUUUCUCCUUUUCCUUGGAUAUCUAAGCUAUACGUAAAGUAAAUCAGAAGUUACAUAUGAAUGGGAAAGUCAAAAAGGCUUUAAAUCCUGCAAAUGUGAUUUUUUGAGCAAUUAUCUUAUUUUUAACUUUUUCAUAUCCAUUAUUUUCAUUUGGCAAUUGUUUAAUAUAGCAAUUUUCCAUUUGUACUUACCUUGGAAUUCUUCUGUACUGUACACUAUUACACCAAAGUAGCUUAUUUUAACAUGCAAAAAAAGGAAAACCCUGACAACUCUACAUUUUUAAAUUUGAACACAGAUGCACAACAAUAUAUUGUGGACGAUUUCAAAAGACAAAUAUGUUUCAUGCAAAGUACUUUUUUCUAUGUAAUAUAUUCUUUGCAGUGUGAAAAUCUUUAAAAAUGCAAGUGUGAGUAACUGUGAAGUGAACACAUUUGUCCUUUAAAGAUGGCUAGGUCACAUAUGAGAGAUCUAUGUUCUAAAAUAUUAAUAGAUGGCAUGUUUUAUGACUUUUCAGAAGGGUCCUAUUUGCAAUUCCUAUAAUAUUGAAUUAUUUUAGUUCUUCCAGGCCUGCAUUUGGCCUGUAAGUAAAACUGGCGAUAUAGUUAAUCAAAUUAUAGUUAUUUAAAAAGAAAAAUCUAGCUUGCAAAUAUUCAGGUAAUUAAAAAUUCUGAUAAUCCUGCUUUGUAUUGAAAUAUUCAUGUCUGACAUUACAGUAUUAAAAUUUAUAUUUUAUAUUUUACAGAGAUAGCAUUUCAUCUUAAAUACAUGAAAUGCUUUAUGCUUCUUGUUUUCUUUUUACUGGAAGCUCCAAUACUGGACUGGAUAUCAAAUAGAAAAUUUCUUUUCCCCCCUGCAUUAACUGCCUUUUUGCCUGCCCAUUAAGAGUCUAAAGAAACUUAGACGUUUUCCAGGGAGAUAAUAAAAUUAGACUGGCCAAAUUCAGUGUCACGAAUUCUGAUGCUAAUUGAGCCAGUUUCUUUUGUGAAAUAUGCAAAAAAAAUGGUGAUUUGACAGCUGAGUUUGAAAUAAGGUAGGAAGUAGACUGCACAAAAGAUAACUAACAACAGUCAGUUACUGUUGUGUAUAAUUUAUUGAAUGCCAACUGAUGGUUGCACCUUAAAUUAAAUACCCUUAUGUGGACACGGAGUCAAAGUAAGAUUGAAUGUUAAAGAAAAAUAAGUUAUUUCCUAUUCUAUAUAAUGUGUUACAUAGUGCAGAGUGUUGAAUUCAUUCCAGAUACCUUCCUUUUUACUCUGAAAUGCUUAGUUAGGCUGCAGGCUUACAAAAUAGGUGGUCCUGUGUCAUUACCACCCCACCCCAAUGCAUGAUAUGGUAUUUAUAACUAAAUUUUUUUUUUCUUCUGCUGCAAAGGAUUCCAUAAUUGCCACUGUCAGGAUAAGGUAUUUCCAUUUACCUGUGGAUGCUGCUGUCAAGAAUCUUUUGAAGAAAGUAGUGUUUCCUCAUUUUUUAAAUAUUAGUUUGGAUAAACUUUCUCUUUUGCACUGAGAAAUGAGAAUUUAAACACCUAAUAAACAAAAUAAAACCUCUUGCCAAGUAUUAAUAACCUUAAUUUUCUCAUGGACUUUCAUGGCAUUAAUCAUACAAUUUGUGUGGUUAACUGCAUUUCUUACUUUUAAAUGUAUACUUGGUGGACCAAUACAUUAUCUGUGUCAUCCAUAGUCAUGUAUACAUGUACGUGUAUAUAUGUACACAAACAUUAAUUCAUUCAGGCAUAGGAUUAAAAGUUCUGAGUCACCUGAUGUGACAUUUUAUGUUACUGAUAGAUCACAGAACUUUUACUCGGAGUAUCUCGAUAAACCACUGCUAUGUCAGCUUUGAUGGCAUUACUACUAAAGUUCUAAAAGGCUUGUAAGAACUUUUUCAGGCGGGGUUAACCUCUAUUUAUAGACUUUGUUUAAAAAUUCUAAAUACAGCCUGUAAUUACGAAUUAAACUGUUUAAGUAUACAUGAUGAGCCUAGAGAGUUUUUUUAAUGUUUUGUGUAAGGCAUAACGCAUCACCUGUUUGGAUCACUGUUCAAAAAUUAUUUCACCUGAUACAAAUAUAUAAGUGGAAAAAAAUGGUUCAACUAAUACUUCUGAAUAUCAGAAAUAUGUUCCAACCUCCAGAUUAAACUGCCAUCUCCUAUUAGCAUGACAUUAGAUUUGCAGACCAACCAAUUCCAGUAUGGUACAUGAGAUUACCAUCUUUAAAACUCAUUCUGAAAUGGAAAGCAAGAAAAAGAUAAAUACUGGUCUUUUCAAUAUCUAUGUUUCAAUAUUAUAAAGCAUGGUAACUUUAUAAUUGAUCUUCUUUUGAAAAGUCACCUUUUAGAUUGUUGCAUGAUUAUUGUACAGUUCAAUAAGGUCUGCAAUAAAACCUCUACAUCAGUAAUUUGAUGGCUGGAUUUAUAACUCGCACUAAGAUGAGCCCAAAUAAACAAAAUUUUUGGUUAGCACAAAUGUGCUAAUCCAGUCACUGAAAUCAAAGUAAUUCUAUUGCCGAUCUAUUAAUAGUUUAUAGUCUAUUAUCUAUCAAUAAUUUCUAUUGAAAUCUAUUAGGAUUUCAGUUUAUCAAAAUUUCCUUCUUUCAAGAUCUAGUUAAGAACUAUCUUUGUCAAUAUCGGUCUAAUCCAAGCCUUACCUAACCUGCAACUCUCCAGAUGGAUCAAUUCUGCAGUUCCCAAAAUGUUGCCAUGAGCUACAAGUUGCGCUCAACAGAUUUGAAAUUAUGACUUUGGGAAAAGGAGAACUUUGUAUGUAUUUUGAUCUAUUUCAAGAGGCCUGAUGUCUCUAUUUGAGGAUUUGCACAUGUGAACACUCAAGUGGAUACAAAUGGUGGAUUACCCUUACUGAGCAGACCAAUAUAUGAGUGCUGGUUGGUCUCUGUUACAUUUGUAAUAGUUUUAAAUGACCCACUUUACUAAGAAAACAUCUUAAUCUACAGCUUUUAUUUCCCACUUACCUCUUCUUUUAUACUGUUCCCAGCUUCCAACAGUAUGCCUAAUAGUACUGUCCAUGCUGAGAAUAAUGUAGAAGCAUUUCUGACUGUAUAAAUCUUAAACAGAAAAAUAAUGUACUUGUGUGGAGUCUGAAGAACAUGCUAGAUAAUAUUCAUAGUAUGCACAGUUUUAAUACAUAAACUAUGCCGUUCAUUAAGUGAAAUGUCCUCAAAAUGUGUGUGUAUCAUAACAGAUGUGAUAGAUUUGUACUACUAUAAAGAUUAAAAUGACUUAUCUACCCAUCUGAAA